GGGUGUCCCACUGCUAGGCUUUCCCCACCCCAGCCUCAGAGGAGGCUCUCAGACUUUCCGCUCUAAUCCCCUUCUCCUCACGCAGCACAAGCUUUCAUGCGCUUUCCCCCAUUCUCUGGCUCGAGUUUGUGCGAAGGGAGGUCAGGGGAGGGGGAUAUCGCAGAGAUCAGUGCUUGGCAGCUCUGCCGAUAAUAAGAUUCGGGGCUGGGGAAGCUUGAGGGUCGCCUAGACCUAGGCCUUAUUUUACAGCUUAGGAAACUGAGACCCAGAAGAAGAUUAAGAGCUAAAAAUAGGUUCUCCAAAGGGUGGGUUAGGAAUAGGGGGUUUCAGGUGGGGACACAGGCCGGCACAACAUAGAAUGCCAGGGCUAGAGAUCAUUUAGUAUAACCUUGCUACUUUACAGAGGGGGAAACUGAGGCUCCAGGAGGGAAAGGACCCCUGGCUCUUGACGUCUAUAUUGUGUUUCCUGGAGGCAGGAACAUGGAGUGUUGGGUGGCGGUAGCCAGUUUCUUCUAGUUCCUGGGGUCCCCUGAGCUUACCUGAUCUGGAGACAAUCCUCACGGCAUCCAGGCUCAAAACCUGCCAUUUGUCUCUCAGUCCCCCGGUCCUCCCACCCUCCAGCCUCUAGGGCAGCACCAGAGAAAGAUAAGAGGUCAGCAUCUAAUUCUGGAAGCAUUCUGGAAGGCUCUGUCCUUGCUGAGCUGUGUAGGACCGAGGCCUCCCCCCUCUGCUGCUUGUCCCAGUCCAGUGGGAACCAGUGGUGGACCCCAGAGCAGGCUCUAGGAAGGAGCCAGUCAGGACCACUGGUUUCCCUUAGACUGACUCUUCUGAAUUGUGGGAGUUGGAGAUCACCUAAGCUAAGUUGGGACUGGGAGGAGGGAAAACUGGGAUCCCCGAGGAAAAAGUUGUGACCCUGGAGUUUUCCUUCCCUUGCUGUGAUCUCUCUCUUCCCCACCUCCCCCCCCCAACCCCCCCUAGCUUGGGUAGUUGUGAGCACAGAUUUGGAAAUGGGGAGGGGAGGCAAGAUCCUGUCUAGUUCUUAUAUUGGAGGUUCUUCAAGACUAGGGUUCCUUUCUCCAGUCCCUUCCCAACCCUAUGACACCAGAACAGUUUGCUUUGAGUUUAGUCCCUUUCUCUCCCUCACCUUGUGGCUCUCUCUUUUACUCUGUGACACUGAACAACUUGGGGUUCUAGGCACCCCACUCUCCUCAAACUUUUCCUCUUGGAGAGGGGCUAAAAGAACUGAGGUCUAGGGAAAGGAACAGUUCAGAGAAUUUUUUUAAGCCAAAAUAUCAGAGCUGAAAGGAACCCCCUGAAAUGGAGUGUUCGACCUAAAGGGCCAUUGGAUCAAGAAUAAGCUAGUUGGCAGCUUAGAACAUAGAAUGUUAGAACAUUUUCUCUCUGGAAGCGAGCUUAGUGCAUCAUAUGUUAGAACAUGUCCCUGCUGGAAGGAGACUUAGAACAUAUUUUAGAGCAAGUCCCUUCUGGAAGUAAGCUUAGUACACCGAGUAUUAGAACGUGUCCCAGUUGGAAAGAAGUUAGAACCCAUCCCACUAGGAUGUUAGGAUGUGUCCAAGCUGAAAGGGACUUUUGAACUUAGGAAGGAGAACAUAGAACAUGUCCCAGCUGGAAGGAAGCUUAGAAUUUCGGUCAUUAGAACAACUGUGUGGGGGAGUCAGAACAUGCCCCAACUGGGAGUUUGGUAUAGUGGCUGUUAGAACAUGCCCUUGUUGGAAAGGUGUUGGAACAUAUGCUCAUGAAGGGUUUAGAACGUAGGGUGUUAGAACAUGCCCUAGCUGGAAGGAAGCUUAGAACACAGGAUCUUAGAACAUGUCCUAGUUGUAAGGAAGUUAGAACGUGUCCCAGCUGGAAGUUUGGUGCACUGGAUGUUUGAACGUGUUCCAGCUGGAAGGAAUUUUAUGACACAAGAUAUGUCCCAACUGGAACAGAGUUUAGAACACAGGAUAUUAGAACAUGUCUGAGCUGGAAAAGGGUUAGAACACAUCCCAGCUGGGAGUUUGAACAUAGGAGGAUAGAAGGUGUUCCAGCUAGAAGGAGCUGUGACUCAUAGAAUGGUAACACAUAAAAUCUUAGAGGCAAGCGGGAACUUAGAACAUUAACUAUUAGUCCUAGAACCUUCAAGGCCAUCGGAUCAGUCCAUCUUUUCCAGAGGGAGGAACUUGGGCUUGUAGAAAGGGUCCGUCUCAAGGUUAUAGAGCCAGUUUGGGGUAGAGCCGGGGCUAAAACAGAUUUCCUGCCCCUGGCAUUGUGGGUGGGGGAAGGGAAAGGAGCCUGCCCCUUGCUCCCAAAGUUAAAGGCAGUUGGUUUGGGUGCCCCUUCCGGGUCCCCCUUCUGACAUCUGGAGCAAGGAUGACGGGGAAGCGUUUGGGAGUGAGUUGUGUCUGAUCUGGCAGGGAGGGUGGCAGGGUGCAAUCCGGGGAGGACAGGACCUGGCUGGGCGCCUCCCCCGCCUCACCUGCUCUUCCCUGGGGGAGGAAAAGGACUUGCUGGGACUGGCCUGCCACAUACCAGAGGCCUGAGCUCACCGGCUGGGCGGGUGGGAGGCUGGCUGCAUCCCAUCCCCUUCCAAGCCCACAGUGCCUCCCUCUUCCAUCCACCGGGACGCGUGUGGGAGGAAAGGGCCACUCUGCCCUCCUCUAGCCCCCCAGCCCUGCCGGGAAAGGCGGGGAGCCGGAGCGGGCAGCUUCUGGCUCUCCUGUUCCAGCUGGGCCAGAUGUUGGGGUUCCGGUACUCGGCUUUCCGCGCCCUUUGCCGUCCGUCCCUCAUACAGCCCCGGGGCUGACACGAGGAUUUGGGGGAUUCGAUUCUUGGAACCCGGACGGCGGAACGCCGAAGCUAGGAGGGCUCCCAGACGGAGGCACCCCACCCCCGCCCCGCCCCAUAGAGCCCACGAGGGAGCGAGCGUGGGGAGGAUGUUCUUUGGCUCACACCUUAGAGCGUCUUUUCUCACGCUCCCUCCCGUCUGCCAGGAGGAUCAGAACAGGUUGACCGCCUGCCCAGAGUCCCGCCCCUCCCUCCCGCGGUCAGGGUGGGGCCCCCUCCGCCCCAGCCGGGGUUCCGAAGUGCCGAGGCGGUGGCUCCUCCCCGAGGCGGCUGCGUGGGCCGCAGGAAGACACCUCCUGUCCCGGCCCCGCCCCCGCCCUGCAGGGGGCGGGGCCGGCUGACCCGAGGGGCUGCCUUAGCCCAACCGGUUCUAAUCUCCAGCCACUACGCCCUUGCCUCCGCCCAGCCUUCUCCACGCCUUCCCUCCGUGCCCCCUCUCAGUCCUAAAUCCUCCAUUCCCUCUGAACCCCCCUCCCCCCGCCCCGGAGUCUUAGCCCCCAACUCUCGAGAGCCUCUCCGAGCCCGCUCUGCUGAGGAGCUCCGCUGGGCCCCGGACCCAGUCUCUGCGGCUCAGAGUCAGCCUGGAGCCCGCUCCCUGCGGCCCGGGAUCUAGCCUCCGGGGCGGGGUCCUGGGUUCGAAUCUUGCCCCUGACAUCGGACUCCCUCCGAGGUCCCGUCCAGUUCCAGAGCUGGGACCCUAAGAGACUCCGUUGUGGGACGGGGCCUCGACUUCCUCCUCAGUAAAAUGAGGCUACUAAUAACCCCGCGAGCCUCGGGGGCUGGUGCUGGGGCCGAGGGACGGGGAGUCCCCUGUCAUUAUCUGCCUCCUGGCCCCGGGAGAUCCUGCUUCCCGGCCCCUAGAGCCCCUCCCCGCGCGGGGCAGCCGGGGCUCAGCGGCCUUUCUCCUUCCCGCAGGCGCGCCCCCCAGCCCGGGCACCAUGGACAGCGAGGCCUUUGAGAGCGCCGCGCGGGAGCUUCUGGACCUGAACUUCCAAUCCUUGGCCAUGAAGCACAUCGACCUGAAGCAGAUGGAGCUGGACACCGCGGCGGCCAAGGUGGACGAGCUGACGAAGCAGCUGGAGUCGCUUUGGUCCGACUCGCCGGCCCCCGCCACCCCUCCCCCACAGGCCAGCGCUUCGGCCAGGAUGACCAGAUACAGCUCCAGUCCCACUCCUGACCAUUUUAGCCGUACCUCUUCGCCCCGGAAGGUGGCGGACAGUGGGGAUGCUACCUAUGUCCGCUCGGAGAACUCCCCUGUCUUGCUCCCAUAUAGCCCCCUGUCCCCCAAAGGGCGCCCAGCCUCCCCCCGCACCCCCCUCUACCUGUCUCCAGAGUCAUACUCGCCACUGGAACGGGCCCCCUCCCCGCGGCCCAAAACUAUGACCUACGAAGCUGUGGUUAGCUCACUGGGCCGGGCCCCGUCCCCUCGGCCUGGCUCUGGCCCCCUCCGUCCCACGGGGCCCCCUCCACAAUACGACUUCAUCACGGGGGGACGGGCUGGCUCCCCUCGGGGGGACGGCGCUCAGGCUUUCUUUCCUGACCACCGGGGACCUUCGCCCCGCUUGGGCCUUCCUGCCACUUUCGAGGGCUCCACUCUCUUCGGGAGUCCUCCCCCAGGUGUUGGGGGCAGUGCUUUCGCGCCACUCCGGGCACAAGAUGACCUGACCCUCCGCCGGCGUCCCCCUAAGAGCUGGAACGAGUCAGACUUGGACGUGGCCUAUGAGAAGAAGCCAUCGUCGCAGAGCUCCAGCUAUGAUCGUCUGGACGUCUUCGGGGGCCUUCGUCCGUCCUCCCCCUCCUUGCAGCUGUUACCCUGGCGGGAGAGCAGUUUAGACGGCUUGGGUGGUCCAGGCAAGGACGGUCUCACCAGCUCCACUCUGCCCCGGAAUUACAAAGUCUCUCCGCUGGCCAGUGACCGGCGGACAGAAGUUGGGGGAUAUCGUCGCUCUCUGGGCUCGGGAGUCCCUGGCACCCUUCCUCGAAGCUGGCAGCCGGCCAGCCGCAUCGCCAUGCCCCCGACCACCCCCCAGGCCCGCGGGGCCCCCCGCCAGCGCCCCAUCCCCCUCUCCAUGAUAUUCAAGUUGCAGAAUGCCUUCUGGGAGUAUGGGGCAGCCAAAGCCGGGCCUCCAGGCUCGCCCAUCAUCACACGGGCUCCCCUCCCCAAGCUGAGCCCCCAAGUCCCAGGCCCAGCCCCACAGAGCCCCCUCCUAGCCCCUCAGAGCCCAGUCCCAGCCCCACAGACCCCAGCCCAGCCUCCAGCCACUCAGCUUGUGUCACCUGCCCGGCCUCUCGGAGGCGAAGGUCCCCCAAAGCCCCCUGAAGAGCCCGAGCCCGAGCCAGAGCUGGAGGGGCUGCUGGCCCCGGCACUGGAGGUCGUGGAGACCGAGGAGGGGGCCGUGCCUCGGCCGCUGAGUCCCACGCGGCUACAGCCGGCGCUGCCCCCGGAGGCGCAGACGGUGCCCGAGCUGGAGGAGGUGGCCCGCGUGCUGGCAGAGAUACCCCGGCCCCUGAAACGCCGAGGCUCUAUGGAGCAGAGCCCCGGCCCCGUCCUGCCCCCCACGCACAAGAAACAGUACCAGCAAAUCAUCAACCGCCUGUUCCACCGGCACGGCGGCGGCAGCGGCGGCAGCGGGCCUCCCCGCGAUGGUGGCGGCGGGCCCGGUGGGCCUGAACCUGAGCUGCCUUCCAUCACCGAGGGCUCUGACACAAGGGCGGGGCCCCCUGCCCCAGCCCCCCCGGCUCCCACCCUGGCCCCGAGCCUGCCUGACCCCCCGCCCCCUCAGAGCACAGAGAUGCGCUCGGUGCUCCGGAAGGGGGGCUCCCCCCGCAAGGCUCGCCGGGCCCGCCUGAACCCCCUGGUGUUGCUGCUGGACGCGGCCCUGACCGGAGAGCUGGACGUGGUGCAGCAGGCGGUGAAGGAGAUAAAUGACCCCAGCCAGCCCAACGAGGAGGGCAUCACGGCCUUGCACAACGCCAUCUGCGGCGCCAACUACGCCAUCGUGGACUUCCUCAUUGGGACCGGGGCCAACGUUAACUCCCCGGACAGCCACGGCUGGACGCCCUUACACUGCGCGGCCUCCUGCAAUGACACGGCCAUCUGCACGGCCCUGGUGCAGCACGGGGCCGCCAUCUUUGCCACAACUCUGAGCGACGGCGCCAUGGCCAUCGAGAAGUGCGACCCCUACCGGGAGGGCUACGCGGACUGCGCCACCUACCUGGCAGAGGCCGAGCAGAGCAUGGGCCACUUGCACGGAGGCGCCGUCUACGCGCUCUGGGACUACAGCUCCGAGUUCGGGGACGAGCUCUCCUUCCGGGAGGGCGAGCCCGUGACUGUCCUGCGCCGCGACGGCCCCGAGGAGACCGACUGGUGGUGGGCGACCCUGCGGGGCCAGGAGGGAUACGUGCCCAGGAACUACUUUGGGCUGUUCCCCAGAGUGAAGCCCCAGCGCGGCAAGGUUUAGGACCCCGACCACGUGCCAGGAGGAACCGAUGCUGAGAUGAGGAGCGAGGCGGGGUUUCUCCCCGCUUCCUGCCAGUGGCCCGGGGAGGGGGACGAAUUUGGAUCCUGCCUUUGAGAGGGGAAGGGGCUCCCCAGAUCCGGCCCCGAGACCUCCGUCCCCCUCAGCCUCCAGCCACACGCCCAGAGCACCAGCACCAGCACGGGGCUGACAGGGCUGCGCCAGGUCAAUCAGCUCCGCCCCAGCUUCCCCAGCCCCCUCGACCCCCCAAGUAAAGGUUCCCUCCCCCAUGCACACGGCACCAGCCUCGAAUGAACUCUGACCUAUGCUGUCCUCCCUCCCCUCCUCACCAGCAGCCUGGGGGCUGGGGCACCAUAAACCUGCUCCCUCAGUCCCCCCAAGCCAAGUGCCUCAAGUCUUGAACGAGUUGUUUGUAAUUAAAUAGGAAAAAUAAACCUACUUUCUAAUGAAA